GGGGCGCCGACGUGGAGGGUCGGGGAGGUGGUGGUUGGGGGGUGCAGUCGUGAUGCUGACUAAGUUCGAGACCAAAUCGGCUCGGGUGAAAGGGCUCAGCUUCCACCCUAAGCGGCCGUGGAUCCUCACCAGCCUACAUAAUGGCGUCAUCCAGCUGUGGGACUAUCGUAUGUGCACCCUUAUCGACAAGUUCGACGAGCACGAUGGACCUGUUCGAGGUAUUGAUUUCCACAAGCAGCAGCCUCUGUUUGUUUCUGGAGGUGAUGACUAUAAAAUAAAGGUCUGGAAUUACAAACUACGCCGCUGUCUUUUCACUCUGCUUGGGCAUUUGGACUACAUCCGCACCACCUUCUUCCAUCAUGAAUAUCCGUGGAUCUUGAGUGCUUCUGAUGAUCAGACCAUUCGGGUUUGGAACUGGCAGUCCAGAACUUGUGUCUGUGUGCUGACAGGACACAACCACUAUGUGAUGUGUGCCCAGUUUCACCCCUCUGAGGACCUGGUAGUAUCAGCCAGCUUGGAUCAGACUGUACGCGUUUGGGAUAUUUCUGGCUUAAGGAAGAAGAACCUCUCCCCUGGAGCUGUGGAGUCGGAUGUCAGGGGAAUAACUGGGGUGGAUUUGUUUGGGACAACAGAUGCAGUUGUGAAGCACGUUCUUGAGGGCCACGAUCGUGGAGUGAACUGGGCUGCCUUCCAUCCCACAAUGCCACUGAUUGUGUCAGGAGCUGAUGAUCGACAAGUGAAGAUCUGGAGGAUGAACGAAUCGAAGGCCUGGGAGGUUGACACUUGCCGGGGGCAUUACAACAAUGUCUCGUGUGCUGUCUUUCACCCUCGGCAGGAGCUCAUCCUCAGCAAUUCAGAAGACAAAAGCAUCCGUGUCUGGGAUAUGUCAAAACGCACGGGUGUCCAGACCUUCCGCCGUGAUCAUGAUCGCUUUUGGGUAUUGGCUGCUCAUCCCAAUCUCAACCUCUUUGCUGCAGGCCAUGAUGGUGGCAUGAUUGUCUUCAAACUGGAACGUGAGCGUCCUGCUUAUGCAGUACAUGGGAAUAUGCUGUAUUAUGUAAAGGACCGAUUCCUCCGCCAACUUGACUUUAACAGCUCAAAAGACGUUGCUGUUAUGCAGCUGCGCAGUGGUUCCAAGUUCCCUGUGUUCAACAUGUCAUACAACCCAGCUGAGAAUGCUGUCCUUCUCUGCACUAGAGCAAGCAACCUGGAGAAUAGCACUUAUGACCUAUACACCAUUCCCAAGGAUGCAGACUCCCAGAAUCCAGAUGCCCCUGAAGGGAAGCGUUCCUCCGGGCUAACAGCUGUGUGGGUAGCUCGUAACCGCUUUGCAGUCCUGGAUCGCAUGCAUUCGAUCCUCAUCAAAAACUUGAAGAAUGAGAUCACAAAGAAGGUUCAGGUGCCGAACUGUGAUGAGAUUUUCUAUGCUGGCACAGGGAACCUGUUACUGAGAGAUGCAGACUCCAUCACCCUCUUUGACGUGCAGCAGAAGCGGACUCUGGCCUCAGUGAAGAUCUCCAAGGUGAAAUAUGUCAUCUGGUCAGCUGACAUGUCCCAUGUAGCUCUGUUGGCUAAGCAUGCCAUCAUGAUCUGCAACAGAAAGCUGGAAUCGCUGUGUAACAUCCAUGAAAAUAUCCGUGUCAAGAGUGGUGCCUGGGAUGAAAGUGGUGUUUUCAUCUAUACCACCAGCAACCACAUCAAAUACGCUGUCACCACAGGGGACCAUGGCAUCAUCCGCACCCUGGACCUGCCUAUCUAUGUUACUCGUGUGAAGGGGAACAAUGUGUACUGCCUGGACAGAGAAUGUCGCCCCAGGGUCCUUACCAUUGAUCCCACAGAGUUCAAAUUCAAGCUGGCAUUGAUCAACAGAAAGUAUGAUGAGGUGCUGCACAUGGUGAGGAAUGCUAAGCUUGUGGGCCAGUCCAUCAUUGCUUACCUGCAGAAAAAGGGUUACCCUGAGGUGGCCCUGCACUUCGUUAAGGAUGAGAAGACCCGUUUCAGUCUGGCACUGGAGUGUGGCAACAUUGAGAUUGCCCUGGAAGCAGCCAAGGCUCUGGAUGACAAGAAUUGCUGGGAGAAACUGGGAGAAGUGGCACUACUGCAAGGAAAUCACCAGAUUGUGGAGAUGUGCUACCAGCGCACCAAGAACUUUGAUAGGCUCUCCUUCCUCUAUCUUAUUACUGGCAACCUGGAGAAGCUUCGGAAGAUGAUGAAGAUAGCUGAGAUCCGUAAAGAUAUGAGUGGCCACUACCAGAAUGCCUUGUAUCUAGGAGAUGUGGCAGAGAGAGUGAGGAUCCUGAGGAACUGUGGACAAAAGUCUCUGGCCUAUCUCACAGCUGCAACUCAUGGUCUGGAUGAGGAAGCUGAAAACCUGAAGGAAACAUUUGAUCCUGAAAAGGAAACGAUUCCAGACAUUGAUCCCAAUGCAAAACUACUGCAGCCUCCUGCUCCUGUCAUGCCCCUAGAUACCAACUGGCCAUUGCUGACUGUCUCCAAGGGGUUCUUUGAAGGAACAAUUGCUAGCAAAGGCAAAGGGGGUGCCUUGGCUGCUGACAUAGAUAUUGACAAUGUCGGUACUGAAGGCUGGGGAGAAGAUGCAGAAUUACAGCUUGAUGAAGAUGGCUUUGUAGAUGCUGGAGAAGGCUUUGGAGAGGAAGGUCUGGGUAAAGGACAGGAAGAAGGAGGUGGAUGGGAAGUUGAAGAAGAUUUGGAUCUUCCUCCUGAACUGGAUGUUCCUGCUGGUCCAGCAGGAGGAGCAGAAGAUGGCUUCUUUGUGCCACCCACCAAGGGCACCAGCCCGGCUCAGGUGUGGUGUAACAAUUCACAGCUUCCUGUUGACCACAUUCUGGCAGGUUCCUUUGAGACAGCAAUGAGACUCCUCCAUGAUCAGGUGGGAGUAACUAACUUUGGACCCUACAAGCAGCUGUUCCUGCAGACCUAUGCCCGUGGCCGUACAACCUACCAAGCCCUGCCAUGUCUCCCUACCAUGUAUGGCUACCCACAUCGCAACUGGAAAGAAGCUGGCUUGAAGAAUGCCCUCCCAGCUGUUGGGCUGAAGCUUAAUGACCUGAUCCAGCGCUUGCAGCUGUGCUACCAGCUCACAACAGCUGGCAAGUUUGAGGAGGCUGUGGAGAAGUUCCGCUCCAUCUUGCUGAGUGUGCCCUUGCUGGUGGUGGACAAUAAGCAGGAGAUUGCUGAGGCCCAGCAGCUGAUAGCCAUCUGUCGGGAGUACAUUGUAGGACUCUCAAUGGAGAUCGAGCGGAAGAAGCUGCCCAAGGAGACCCUGGAGCACCAGAAGCGAAUCUGUGAGAUGGCUGCCUAUUUCACCCACUCCAACCUGCAGCCUGUCCACAUGAUCUUGGUACUGCGCACUGCUCUCAACCUCUUCUUCAAACUCAAAAACUUCAAGACAGCUGCUACUUUUGCUCGUCGGCUGCUGGAGCUGGGUCCAAAGCCUGAGGUGGCCCAGCAGACCCGCAAGAUAUUGUCAGCAUGUGAGAAGAAUCCCACUGACACCUACCAGCUCAACUAUGACAUGCACAACCCCUUUGACAUCUGUGCUGCCUCCUACCGACCCAUCUAUCGUGGCAAGCCUGUGGAGAAGUGUCCACUCAGUGGAGCUUGCUAUUGCCCUGAGUUCCAGGGGCAGAUUUGCCGUGUCACAACAGUGACAGAGAUUGGCAAAGAUGUCAUUGGGCUGCGGAUCAGCCCCCUCCAAUUCCGCUGAGGUGUGUGCCGGUCCCUGGGAGGUGUGAGAUCAGAGGGAGAUGGUCCUGUUUCACAGCACUGUGUGGAAACUCUCACCUCCCACCAUUCCAGCUUCUAGUAAUGUCCCUUCACUGUAGCUCUACCUGUACUGUGUCUUAACUGCUCUUCCCCACCCAGGAAUCCUGUUGUGAGGCUGCUUCUAAGUAGUAAUAACUUGGGAUCCCCUUUCAGAUCCAGCUGAUGUUGUGUUUGUGUACUGCUGCAUCCAGGCAUGUCUUUUCCAGAGGGUGUAAUGUGGCUCUUGCUGAGACCUGGAUAUGUUAUAAUGCGCUCAAUAGGAACUGCUCAAGAGGCACUGCUUGUCUCUCACUCUCAUUAGUGUAGGGCUCCUUAAAGAUCCUAUGGCACCUGGAUGGCAGGAGCAGCUGAGUCUGGCUUUCAUAGGGGUGUGGCACUGUCUGGAACUGCGGCCAGCACAGCACCCUCAGAAGUGACUGGAGAGCAGCUCAGCACCCAAAUGCUUGUGUUGACUCUUUGUUUUGUUGUCCUAGCAGCAUUUCUCUGCAUAAUCUGCCUCUGACAUAAAUAAAGUAAAUUGAUGGUCUUGAUCUUCCUGUUCUGUAGCUUAGAUCUUAGAUACUACAUUAUACUUCCUCUUUCCAUGUCACCCACCCCCUCCCCUUGUGCUGUUAGGCUGCCAGAUAACAGAAUUUUCUCUAUUUCCAGGAAAUAGAGACUGCAGUACUGAAAUAAUCAUCCUGGCAGCAAUUGCUUCUGCUAAUUCUAAGUGUGUAAGUGCUACUGCCUGUACUCCAGCUAUCCUCAUGCUCAUUACCUCGUGCAGUUGUACCGUUUGGUGUUGCUGUGCCUUUCCUCAUGGUAUGCAUCAGACUGGAGGUUCCUCCUUGUUGGGCAGAUUGCACUUUGGAGCAGUGAUGAGUGAGAAUGUGUGUUCUUGCAUCAGCAGAAAGAGCCAAUUGCUCCUGCUCCCUCUGGGGCUGGCCUAGUUUGCUUGGCCUUUUCUCUGAAAUGAAGCAAGGCUUUAUGAUAGGAUUUUAAACCUUUAUUCAUAAAAACAAGGAGUGGGGAUGUUGUGACUUGUUUCCAUAUUUGCAAAGGUCUUGGUUGAGUGAGGGUGAGAUGAGGCUGCUGGGACUAAGGAUGAGGAGGCUGAACGAGCAGUGCAUCAUGGCAGGCCACUGCAAUGCCUCCUAUGAGAUUCAGGAACUCCUGGAAGUCCAGCUGCCCAUCGCUGUUGAUAUCAAGCCGCUUCAUCAUCCUGUCCACAACAGCGGGGUCCUUCUGAUUCUGCAAGAGACCAAAGGAUGGGAUCGAUCCCUGCCUGAAGGGAAAGGCACCCCCCAGGUAUGGACCUGCAGCUGGCUGCAUUCAGCCCCCAGCACAGCUUUGGCAAAAGGAGCAGCAUCUAUUUGGGGCAGCGCUGGUCAGAUUGUGCUCUGCUCAUGGAAGUCAGGAGCUUUUCCCCUGUGCUCUGUGGCACAGCCAGAGGUUUUCACUGCCCUGGGAGCCUCCUGGCCUGGCUUUCACUCACCUUUGUGAAGGAAGCCAGCUCGGUGUUCAUGAAAGUCCGGAAUUCUUUCUUGGAGAGCUUGAGGUUGUCUCCUUCACGCCCUGCGUACCUCUGGAAGACGGCCAGCAGCGACUCAAUGCAGCGCUCGGUCUCAGUGGGGGAAACCUUGGACUAUGGAGCAGAAAAGGAACUCAGGGUAUGCUUGCAGAUUGCUCUGCCUUUGCAGAAGGGUCCUGGAUCCUAGAGGAAGGCUCAGGGCCACCUGUCGCUCAUUGCUUCCUGUGCCCAACCUGUCCAGCUGCAUUUUUCUUUGGUAUUCAUUUCUUUCUUGCUCAGCACAGCCUUGUGGUGAGGAGAGAUGGGAGUGGUGCAGGGCAGGGAGUGGUUGUGGCUGCUCUAGGGACGCAGCGGCUCCUAGGAACUUUGGGAGCAUGGAAACUUCCCUGGGGAUCCAUCAGUUGACAUUAGGGUGAAGGGUGAGGGCAGCUGCCUCUUCCUGGAGUCUUGCUGCCUUCCUCUGUGCUCUCCAGCACACUUGGCUGGGCCUGUAUGUCUGUCUUCCCCUUCUUCCCAUCCCCCCCCUCCCCUUGCAAUGUCUGGUCAGAGCAGAAACUCUGAGUCAUGGGAGAAAAAUGUGAGUGGGGCUGGCACCCAACUGCAGCCAGAACUCGGGGAGCUGGGCUGCUCCAGCAGGAUAAGGGUUAAGGCAUAAAGUGAUGGGCAAAAGGGGGAUGUGGGGUACAUCACCAUCCCGUGGCUCCAGUCCUGUGGGCAGGGCUGGGUGGCAUCUGCCCUUCCCUGUCCAACCUCAGCAUCCUGGGGCCUCCCUGCCACAUCCUGCGCUGUCCGAGGCCCCAUUCAUCCCCCUAUUUAGUGGGCCUGCACUAUGGAGCUUCCUCCACCCUCUGCUCUCGAUUCCUCUGUAUCCCCCACUCUGGACCCGAGCUGCACCCCCAGCAAAGGGUCUGGGAAGGAGAGCAGAUAGAGCAAAGAGAAAGCUUGCUGCACCCCCAACCACGGGGACCCUCUGCUCUCCUCCCCUGCACCCUUCCUUGUACCCAGGCCCCUCCCUGAGAGCUUCAGCUCAGCUUUUGGCACUCUUCGCAGUGCCACGACGCAUCUCGCUUCGGUUCUGCUUCCUUCCCCCCCCGCCCCUCCUUGCUCUCACUCACCAUGGCUGGGGUUGGGGGCUCGGUGCGGUGCUCGCGGUGCGGUGCUCAGCGCUUUGCAGCAGUUGCGAGCUGUGUGAGCCUCGCCCAGCAGCGCCCGGCCCUGGUUCAGCCCCCCGGGGCCACGUUGGGCAAUCGGCGUCUGUAACGGCGGAUCGGGACGUGCCUGCGGUCCCCACCUCGGGCCCCUCCCUUCUCUUCUGCGUUGUAGUUUUUUGCAGUUAUCACGCUUCCAUUUUGUUUUCUCUAUCCCCCCCCCCCCCCUUUUUUCUUUUGCCUCUUUUCACACCUUUGUAGCUCUCCUCGUUUCUUCUUCCCUAGGCUUAGGACUGAGCUCCCCGUGCUGCUCCUUGUAGCAUCCUUGGGGUUUGCUUUUGAUUUGGGCACCCCUGAAGGCAGCUCGUCCCCACCUCCCUGCCCAGAACACUCUGUCCGUUCCCUGUUAUGUGCUCCCUGCCCUGGGGUGUAAUGAGGCUGCUUAGAGCCAGGAUGGGGCUAUGGGGGUCAGAUGGGCGCAGGGGGAGCACUGGGAGCUGCUCAGGCACGUUGGAUGCACCCACGCCUGCUUGGAAAUUCCAGCUGGAAACUGUGAUUCAGAACAGGGGAAAGGCAGGCAGGAAAUGGGUGGGGAGGGGCCCUUCCUCACCUGGUUUCCCUCAUUUAUUGCUCCACAUUUUGGAAAUUUAAAAAAAAGUAAAAUUGCUUUUUUCCUUUCCCCCACAUCCAACCUCUUCCAAAUUGGAAUCAACUCAUUGAAAACAAAACAGAUCUGAAACAGGAAGGCCGCUGCUCUUCAGGCUUUGCACUUCCUGCUGUGCUUUGCACUUCCCUCUGCGUCCUGAACGUGGAAAUAAAAGCUGGGCUUGGAGCUGAGUGCUGUUUCCCCCUUUUGCAAGAGGAAAUGCCAGCAGGGCUGUGCCUGGCCCAGUGCUGUUUGCAAUAUGGGGUCGUGGGAGGUUUCUGCUCUUGCUGCUGCUGCUGUGUUUGCUAUGGAGGCGUUGGCAGUGUGUGCAGACAGCCCAUCUGUGCCACUGUAUAUUUGUCACUGGGACACACAGUAGUCAUGUGUGCAAAGGAGGGUGGUGGGGAGCAGAGCAGUGCAUCUGGAUGGGGCAGGGUCUGGUGAGAGGAGAUCUGAGGAGGGCUCCUGACUGCGUAUCGUGGUGUGUAUCUGAGAUCACUGUGUGUGUGUAGGACUACUCCGUAAUCAUGGGCACGUAGUAGAGGAUUUGGUGUGAUUUUUAGCAGCCCUUGUCUGGAUUCAGUGCCUGAAACAAGGAGAGAUCUGAACUGAGACACCCUCCCACCUCACUGAUCCCCUGUAUAAAUUACAGAUGAGGACGGCAGCAGGCAGUGCAGUCAUCAGCUAUUUAUUGUGAAUUUUCAUGCAAUACAUCAGUGUGAAGAAGAAACCCCAAUGCACCCUCCACCACCAUUUCCCUGCGGUACCCACACAGAGCUCCACCACUUCAAAGCCUCCGUGAUGCUGGGGCUGGGAUUCUGUUCAGCUGCUGGGAGAGCAGGAAGGUGUGACCAAAAACCUUGAGCCUACAGAGGUGUUUUCCCAGCCUUGAGGAAUUUCAGGCUCCGCGAGUGCGAUCAGCUGAAUGGGAUUUUUGUUUGUGUAGUGCACAGCAGAAGCUGACAAGCAGCAGAGCCAGCUAUGGGGUGAGAAAUCAGAGUACUGAGCUGCAGAGCUGUCAUGCCACAGGGCAGAAGAGACGACAGGAACACAAAGGACUGAGACCCAAGGAAUCCAAUUAGAGCAGGAAAGUGACUAAAUAUUGCAGUGGGGGGGGGGGGGGGGGGG